UCUAAAUAUAAACCAGAGAAACACUUUACUUCUUAAUAUUAUUAAUAGUGUUGUCACAAUUGUUUCCAAAAUGGCGUCCCUCACAAAACUAAACUUUGACUACACACAACUGGAUGCAGACCGUCAAAAGUAUGCAACCGGUGAAUUUCGCAAAGGUUUCGGUGUGUUUAAAGGCUACACAAUGCCGGAGAGCUUCAGUUUGAUACAGAAACAAAUCGAUGACUUUGAAGUCUAUGACGAUGAUUUAUGGAUCACAACAUUUCCGAAGUGCGGUACCACAUGGGCACAGGAAAUGAUUUGGAGUAUUUGUCAUGACUUGGAUUAUUCUACUAAUGAACAGGAACUGGAUGAACGUAUGCCGUUCAUAGAGUACUGCUGUAUUUUAUGUCCGCCAAACUCGAAAUUAGUGCCGUUAGACCCAGGAUUUUUGAGUAAUUCAGUGCAAUUAUCACGUGAUAUGAAACGUCCAAGAAUUAUCAAGACACAUUUGCCUUUUGAUCUUCUACCGAGACAAAUACGUACGUUUGAAAGACGUCCAAAGAUAAUUCACAUUUAUCGCAACAUCAAAGACACUUGUGUCUCAUUUUUUCACCACCAAAGACUACUAGAAGGCUUCCGCGGGGAUUUUGACCUCUUUUGGAAACUUUUCAUCACAGGCAAACUGAGCUGGACACCAAUGGACGAUAACGUCCAUAGUUAUUGGAAGCAUCGCUCACAACCCAACUUCCUAUUCCUUCGUUUCGAAGAUAUGAAACGCGACCUACGCAGUGUCGUCCUCCAAACCUGCGAUUUCUUCAAAAAAUCAUUCCCCGAAUCAGAAAUUGAUAAACUAGUAAAAUAUCUAUCCUUUGACUCAAUGCAGAAAAACCCAUGGGUUUCAAAACUACCACUAAUUGAAUAUUGCAAAAAGAUUGGCAUAUGCAUCAAUCAAGAAGGAAAAUUCAUCCGAAAAGGCGCCGCAGGCGAUUACAAAAACAUAAUGAGUGAAGACAUUCAAAAAAUAUUCGAUGAUUACAUAAAAGAAAAACUUAAAGGAACCGAAUUAGUUUUAUAAGUUUUAUAAUAAGCUUUGUCCCGUUACGUGUUAUUAAUAAGUUUUAAAAUAAAUUCCUAGACGAUU